UUUGGCUAAUUUUAGGAAAAAUUAUUGUGACGCGAAUUUCUCUUCUGAGCAGGGAAAAUAUAUCACAAUUUGCAGAUCACACAUGCAAUGGGCGCAUAAUGAUUUACAAUUUUGACAAAGAACAAUUGAGAAUUCUUCGAAAUGCUUUUAAGGCUUUUGAUCACGACGGUGCGGGGUCGAUCGACCAUACAGAUGUAUCUAGCAUACUUGAAAUUCUAGGUCAGAAGCUAGAGCCGCCAGCAGUUAAGGCGCUCAUUAAAGAAGUCGGCAAGGGAACAAGUGGUAAAUUGGAUUUCGGUCAAUUUUGCAAACUGACGGCUCGUUUUAUUGAAGUAGAGGAGGAUUUGGGAGCUCUGCAAAAUGAACUAAAAGAAGCUUUUCGUGUUUACGAUAAGGAAGGAAAAGGUUAUCUAACGGUUGCCACACUGCGUGGUAUUCUUCACGAAUUAGAUGAUAAGAUAUCUAAUCAAGACUUGGAUUUGAUCAUAGAAGAAAAUGAUGCUGAUGGCUCAGGCACGGUUUACUGGCGGUUGGGCGGAAACCUCCCAAAUCUACAUAAAACAUCUACAUCUUGAAGAUAAAAGAAAACUAAAAACGCCAUUCCGUAG